AUGAGUCAAAAUAAUCAGAUGCUAGCUGAAUAUGUUGAAUCAGCUGAAACUAGAAGAAACAGAAUUAAGGAGUUAUGCAAAGAUCACAGAAAUGAAGUCUUAUCAUUAACGUUUGAGAUGAUAAAAGAAGCUAAUGGGGCAAUUCUUAGUCAUAGCGCCAAUGAAGAUCGAAUACACUUGAAAGAAAUCAAAGAAAUUGGUAAAUUAUUUAAAGUCCCAGAUUCAAUCAUAGAAAAUACUAAUUCUGAUACUAUAUCAUAUGAAGAAAGCAUUUUAAAUGAUUUACAUUGGUUUGUGUUAGCCAUGACAAAACCACAGAUUAGGCUAAAUCCACUAAUGGAUCCCAAAAAUGUGUAUCUAUACAAAUUGAUAGACCAAGUUUUUACAAAAGAUUCUGACAGGGCAAUGUGCAUCUCGAAUAGAAUCAUAAAGUCUGCAAUGAAUCCCAGUCAAUCAACACGUCUCAAUACACUUAUGAGACACCAUAAAGAUAUUGUCAUAUCUAAAUGUGAAGAAAUAAGCCUCGAAUUUAUCGAAAAUGAAUGUAUAAAAGUGGCAGACAUUUUAUACAACGCUGAGAAAAAUUUAGUGAAAAUUGAUGACAUGUUUCAAUUGUAUUUGUGGAAUCAUGGAAUGCAUAAACAAGAACUAGAUAUAAUUGAAAUGAAUAAGAAUAUUAUUGAAAGGGAACUAAAUAGUGAACAAUUCAAAUUAUCAAAUAGAAAAGAUAAAGUACUAAAGCUAUCAAAUUUGAUUCAGAGUAGACUUGGUGCUCCAAUUAAAGAAGAUACAGAUGUUACAAACAAGAUGUUUUAUUUGUGUACAAAUAUAAACUGGGUUAUGUCAAGAUUAGAUAAUACAUUUGAAAAUUUAGAAAUAACGCUUGAAACACCAACCAGUGGAUUAAACCAAAGUACAUCAGUUGGUAGGGAUCGUAGUGAAAUCAGAUCAAAUGCAUCCUCUAAUAAUUCAUCUGAAGUUAUCCGUUUUAACACAGGACCAACAGCGAUUGAUAUUAUAAUUAAGUCUCAAUUUACUGGAAAUGGUGUCCUUUUUGAGUGUAAAAGGACCAAGUAUUUGAGACAACAUUUUAGACGUUUCAUCAGCAGUAAUACAAAUGAUCAACUUAAUUCACAAGAGAAUCAACUAAUGGGUAAUAUGCUCAAGCAAAUGAUUACUUAUUGUAGUGAAUUAAAUCUAAACACAUGUGUGCUAACAAACUGGUCAACAAUUAUCGUGAUUGAAAUAGAUUUAAAUCAAUCUUCACCUGCUACGAUAGAUGGAAAAGAAGUUAUUGAUCUAAUAAAUUCAAAAUAUCGUAUGGUUGAUUUUGAUGACCAAGGAUUAACUUUUAAUUGGAUUAUUGUGUAUCUAUUGAAACAUGUCCAUAAAGAAAUUGAUUUAAAAGAAAAAACUAAGAUGAUGGAACAAUUUCUUUUAAAAUUUUACAGAACCCCAGAUCAUCAAGAAAUUCAAAAGGAAAUAAACAAGAAGAGAACUCAUAGUGGUAGAUCAGAGGAUUCAAAUGUCCAGAGAAAUUCAGAUCAUAAGGAAUCGAGACAGGAACUUGAAGAGAUUUCAAGUGAUAUUUCUACUCUUUUUCCAAAUGGUAUAUCCCAGUAUGUUAUUCAAGGAGGUGAAGGGUAUACUUCACAGGUAUUCGAAGUUUAUCUUGAAGAUUUAAUUAAAAUGAAGUUACAUUUUGAAUCAAUGACAGAUGUUUCACCUGGAAAAAAGUAUAUACUCAAAGUAUACAAUCUAAACCCAUAUGAAUUUUAUGAAGAAGAUGCAAAUAUCAAAUACCAGUUCUUCAAUCAAGAAGUCAAAUCUUUGAAAAUGAUCAAAACACAUAAUCAAUAUUGCACAAGCACUCAAAAUCAUAAUUCUAUUAUCAAUACAGCAGAUCUUUAUAAAUAUUUCAUAUUACAGUUGAACAACUCAAAAGGUGAAGUUGUUCUUUAUGGAUAUGGGUUGUUGUUAGAGUACAUUGAAAAAGCAGAAUCUACCAUUAGUUUAAAUAAAGAACUCAUUGAAGCUGAUUAUAAUAGACAACUAGACAUUUUAGAAGAAAUAGGUAUAAUUCAUAAUGACCUCCAGAACACCCAAAACAUCAUUAUAACUAAGAAUUCCAAAGUGUAUUUUAUUGAUUGGGGGUUGUCUAAGAUCAUAGAAAAGAAAAUGAUAAAUUCUGCUGAUUCUGACACAUUAUCCAUAGACUCAUAUUCAAAAUCUGGUUUGUUCACUGCAAAUGUUGGUAUAACAAGCUCAAAAUACAGUAAUGCUGAUGAUUUAUAUACUUCAGGUAAUUCAGCUAUUGCAGAUAAACAUCAAUAUGAUAAUUCUAAAUAUUCAAAACAGGAUGAAGAAUAG